AUGGAAAUUAGUGAGUCUGCAGACAAAGGAAGCCGCUUCUCUAUCGAGGAGGCCCAUGAUGCGGACAUGGGUCAAAACGACGUUCAGAGAUACUUAUCUGUAGCUGACAUCAAUGACAACCCACCUGUGUUUGAGGAACAGUCCUACAGCGCAUAUGUGAACGGUGCCUCGGUGUCCUCCUAUCUAUCUGUUAAUGGAGACACAGGAGUGAUCCACGCUGUGAGGUCAUUUGAUUAUGAACAGUUCAGGAGUUUCAAAGUCCAAGUGAUGGCCAGAGACAAUGGUUCUCCUCCUCUCAGCAGCAACGUGACUAUAUUGUAUCCAGCACCAGAGGGCAGCUCCUUCAUGACUGAGUUGGUCCCCAAAGCUGCACAUGGAGGGUCUCUGGUGUCCAAAGUGAUAGCAGUGGACGCAGACUCUGGACAGAACGCCUGGCUGUCCUAUCAUAUAGUCAAAGCCACAGAUCCUGGACUUUUCAGCAUUGAUCUACACAGCGGAGAGAUCAGGACACAGCGAGACAUUUCAGAAUCUGACAGCAUGAAACAGAACCUGAUUGUUGCAGCUCGUGUAGACAUUGAAGGGGCUCGUAAACGGUACUGUGACAUUAAUAUGAACACCGGGGAUUUAAUUACGUCGGACAGAAUUGACAGAGAAAGCCUUUGCGGACAACUGGACCGUGAACUAGUAUCUGAUUACAACAUUACAAUCACUGCCACUGAUGAAGGCUCUCCUCCUCUGUCCUCCUCUAAAACUAUUCAGUUGUCUGUAGCUGACAUCAAUGACAACCCACCUGUGUUUGAGGAACAGUCCUACAGCGCAUAUGUGAACGGUGCCUCGGUGUCCUCCUAUCUAUCUGUUAAUGGAGACACAGGAGUGAUCCACGCUGUGAGGUCAUUUGAUUAUGAACAGUUCAGGAGUUUCAAAGUCCAAGUGAUGGCCAGAGACAAUGGUUCUCCUCCUCUCAGCAGCAAUGUGACUGUCAGUGUGUUCAUAUCUGAUGUGAAUGACAACUCUCCUCAGAUAUUGUACCCAGCACCAGAGGGCAGCUCCUUCAUGACUGAGUUGGUCCCCAAAGCUGCACAUGGAGGGUCUCUGGUGUCCAAAGUGAUAGCAGUGGACGCAGACUCUGGACAGAACGCCUGGCUUUCAUAUCAUAUAGUCAAAGCCACAGAUCCUGGACUUUUCAGUAUUGAUCUACACAGUGGAGAACUACAGAUACAGCGGGACAUUUCAGAAUCUGACAGCAUGAAACAGAACCUGAUUGUUGCAGUGAAAGAUAAUGGACAGCCCUCUCUGUCUGCCACCUGUUCAAUGUUUUUACUUAUUUCUGAUAACUUGGCUGAAGUGCCAGAAUUUAAAGAUAUUUCGUAUGAUGAAAAUUCCAAGUUGACCUCUUAUCUGAUCAUCGCACUGGUUUCUGUGUCCACCUUCUUUCUGACCUUCAUCAUCAUCAUCCUGGGUGUGAGGUUUUGUCGUAGAAGAAAGCCCAGACUGUUGUUUGAUGGAGCAGUAGCCAUCCCAGGAGCUUAUCUUCCUCCAAAUUAUGCAGAUGUUGACGGGACUGGGACUUUACGCAGCACCUACAAUUAUGAUGCCUACCUGACAACAGGAUCCAGAACCAGUGACUUUAAGUUUGUAUCAUCUUACAAUGACAACACGCUGCCUGCUGACCAGACUCUGAGGAAAAGUCCAACAAAGUUUACUGAUCCAUUUGAAGGCUUGGAGACACCUGAAGAGGUAGGAAACUAA